AAUGCUCUCAGAUCCGUGAACAAAGAUAUCGGCCAUCGUGGAUGCAUUUUCGGCGUGCUGAUUGAUACGAACUCCAGGAUCUCGGACCUGGCGCCUCCGCUGUUGUUGGAUCCAUCAUCUCGGCUUUUCGAUGGAGAGUUGGCAUCGUUUGCGCCAGUUGUGUUAGCUGAGACAAUGGACGCACACUGGGAUCAAUACUGUGAAGAAAAACAAGCCGGCGAAGAUGAAGAAAUGAAAGAUGUCCAGCCAGUUGGAUCCCCAGGCUUUGGCCGCGUUCGUGGACGACAGUGUCUUUGCUCAGAUGAGCGGGAAGCUUGGAGCAGACGCAUCGCCGAAGAAAAAUCUUUUCGUUGCGUGGAUGCUGGUCGACUAUCCCAACAAAGCCACACUCCAACUCGAGGCCUCCCAGAACCGGAUACAUGGAUUGAUAUGGGUGGAGAUCAGAGAAGCAUACGGGCAUACACGCGUGUCUCCACCUCUUGCACAAACUAUUGCGGCCAAGACGGUGAAAGACCUCCUGGCAAAGUUUGUCCCUGAAGCCCGCUCCGGCACGCCCAAGUUGGAUGAAAAUGAAAUGAAGCGAAUCGCGGAGGCGUUCACCAAGGGCCGGUACCUCGGCGAAGCCCACCUCGACCUCGCACAGUAUCUGCGGGACUGCUGGAAGGCCUACACCCCCACAAAGUACAAGGCGCCAUGUGUGGCGGUCGUGCAGAGUUCUGGCUUCGGCAAGAGUCGGAUGGUGCGUGAACUCGCGAUUGAGGCUCAAAAGAGCGCCUUGAACAUGAAAGUCCUGUACAUGUGUGCUCGUGUGCACGAGUCGACGGGGUUUCCCAAGGCUACGAGCGAGCUUCGUGGUUGGCUGUUUCAAGAAGGCUCCGAAGUGGAAGACAUCGCCAGUCGAUUGAAGACAAUUUACGUCUACGCGAACAAGCAUUGGGCGGACGUUCAGAAGGAAUGGCUGAAGCUGUUUACCGAAAAGGCAGCGGACACCUCUGUAAAGGCGAAACUUUCGGAUGAAACAGAUACGCUGGAGGGGGAUACCUCCACCGAGAAGAAUCCAAAUGGCAGAAUCGUGGUUCUGGUGAUCGAUGAAGCGAGAAGCCUGCUGACUGAGAAGCCAGACAAGAAGAAUGACUUCCGAAUGUUGCGAAAUGCUCUCAGAUCCGUGAACAAAGAUAUCGGCCAUCGUGGAUGCAUUUUCGGCGUGCUGAUUGAUACGAACUCCAGGAUCUCGGACCUGGCGCCUCCGCUGUUGUUGGACCCAUCAUCUCGGCUUUUCGAUGGAGAGUUGGCAUCGUUUGCGCCAGUUGUGUUAGCUGAGACAAUGGACGCACACUGGGAUCAAUACUAUGUAGAUGAAGAAAUGAAAGAGGAAAUACUAGAUGCGGGAGCAGAAGAUGAAGAAAUGGAAGAGGAAACUCAGGUUGCGGUGGGAGCUGAAAAAGACGAAGAGAAGAAGAAACAGCAAGAACGUGCUAAGAUAGCUAUGUACAAGAGAAUCGUUACCGGGGAUGCGAGUCAAGCUUGGCACGCGUUGUGCCGCAUGGGGCGUCCGAUGUGGUACAGCACUUGCCCCAAUCCUGCGGAUAGAGAAGAUGUGAUCAAUCUUGCGGCGAACAAGCUGCUACUGGGGAUUCCCCCUUCGCAAAAUGCGUACAACAAGGAUACCAUGCUUGGUGUCGCCUCCAUGCUUUGCCGUCUGGGCGUGCGCCCGCAUUCAACGUCGGCUCUGGCAUCUCGGGCGACUGCCGACUUCAUGGCGAUUCUCGCCUAUGUGAAUUUCAAGCGAGAAGGUUACGUCACCAGCUACGCUUCGGACCCAGUGCUCGCCUUAGGAGCGAUGAAAGUGUGGUAUGAACUGAAACAUGGUUUGGCAAAGUAUAUCCUGCCGCAACUCAAGAACCUCCUUUUGGAUGAAGCAUUGGACACCGGUGGAGUUGGCGAAAUUGGCGAGAUGGUUGCUCGGAUUUUGCUGCUUCUGGCGAUGGACACGUGUGUGAUGGGGGACAAAGACUUUUCCCAGUGGUGCCACACGAUCGGGCAAUUUGUACCGGUGCAGCAAUUCUUGAAGGUGCUACAAGGCAAGAAAAAGCUGCCGAUAUAUCUCAAGCGGAUGAUCAGCAAGGAGAAUUUGAGACCAGAAUUCAACAAGUGGUGCUCGAAGUGGGAUGGUUGGUACAUGGGGUUCACCCACUUUGUGCAGUUGCAGCUUGAGCCGAAUGAGGACACGCUUUGGUUUUUGCUGGGGCGUCAAGCUGCAGGUAUUUUCCCCCGUAACCAGUAUGGAGCCGAUUUGUUGAUCCCGAUGUUUAAGAAGAGAUCCAACAGCAGGCCAGUCGGUGGGGAGACAACGAGGGGUGAACAAGAGGAGCAGGAAGUGUUGAUGAUGUUGAUUCAAGUGAAGAAUCGUUCCCCAGUCGAUGGUGGGUUUUCCAGGGCAGCGACGGAGAAACUAUGCCCCUGGUUUGUGUUCGGAAAGAACAGUGAUGGGAACUCGUCAGCGGGGAAAUCUACCGGUGAAAUUGGUGGGGAUCCGAACCCGCUGAGCUCCACGGAUGUCCGUGAUACCAUUCGCAUCUACAUGAAUGUGCGCGGUCGGAAGAGUGACGGCAAGUUCAUCUAUGCCACGACAAUGAAAGACAAUCUUAAGCCCAAGAAGAAAGGCAACGUCUCUGAGGUGAAGGAGGAGAGUCAGACGAUCGGGAGUCAGGCGAAGAAGCGGGCGAAGAUCGAGAGCAAUCCUGGCGUCUCAAGUGUGUCGAGUGUCUCAGAGGAGGAGCCUGUUUUCACGAUCUGCCUCCGUUUACUCAACAGGGUCACCUACCCGUUCCUGAGCGACGGCGUGGCUUCCAUUCUAUCAAACAUGGUGGAGUCUCAGUAUGACCCGCUGGGGCUUGUGGAGGGCGACCUGGACUAUCGCGAUGAAGAUGAAAAACGAAACAAGAACGUUAGUUCGUAUGCAAAGUUGUCGCUUACCGCGACGCGCGACAAGUUGUUGCAGAACGCCCGUAAAGCACUAGCGUACGCGCCGGGUGACAAGGAAGAAGAGUGACGAUGAGAGUGACGUUGGUGGCAGUGGUGAGGGCCACUAGGCGAUCAAGGUGGCGAGACGGAAACAUCCAAGAAACGAGCACGUGAAAACCAAGAGGGUGAAGAAGGCCGUCCCACUAAACGCGCCAAGUGAUCCAACAAGACGCCCAAGCCCACACCGAGGCAGUAACAGUACGUGCCUGGUGCCUGCAGCAACUACCGGUAGUUUUAACUACCAACAAUUUGUUUUACUUGAGAGUACGC